CCAUGGGCCCGGGGCCUCCGGCGGCCGGAGCGGGGGCGCCCCCGCGGCCGCUGUCCCUGGUCGCUCGGCUGAGCUACGCCGUGGGCCACUUCCUCAACGACCUCUGCGCGUCCAUGUGGUUCACCUACCUGCUGCUCUACCUGCACUCGGUGCGUGCCUACAGCUCGCGCGGCGCCGGCCUGCUGCUGCUGCUCGGUCAGGUGGCCGACGGGCUGUGCACGCCCCUCGUAGGCUUCGAGGCUGACCGCGCCGCAGGCCGCUGCGCCCGCUUCGGCCCGCGCAAGGCCUGGCACCUGGUCGGCACCAUCUGCGUCCUGCUGUCCUUCCCCUUCAUCUUCAGCCCCUGCCUGGGCUGCAAGGCCGCCACGCCUGAGUGGGUGGCCCUCCUCUACUACGGGCCCUUCAUCGUGAUCUUCCAGUUCGGCUGGGCUGCUACACAGAUUGCCCACCUCAGCCUCAUCCCAGAGCUCGUCACCAACGACCAUGAGAAGGUGGAGCUCACGGCUCUCAGGUACGCCUUCACCGUGGUGGCCAGCAUCACCGUCUAUGGGGCUGCCUGGCUUCUGCUCCACCUGCAGGGCUCUCCCCACAUGGGAUCCACCCAGGAUAUCUAUGACCAGCUGGGGGUCCAAGAUGUGCCGGUGUUCCGGAACCUCUCGCUGUUGGUGGUGGGCGUUGGAGCUGUCUUCUCACUGCUGUUCCACCUGGGCACCAGGGAGGGGCGCCGGCAGCAGGUGGAGGAGCCAGAUGAACACAGCCCCCUGUUGGCCCCUGCAACUGCCCGGCCCUUGCUGCUCUGGAAACACUGGCUUCGGGAGCCGGCCUUUUAUCAGGUGGGCUUGCUGUACAUGAGCACGAGGCUCAUUGUGAACCUGUCCCAGACAUACAUGGCCAUGUACCUCACCUACUCCCUCAACCUGCCUAAGAAGUUCAUCGCCACCAUCCCACUGGUGAUGUACCUCAGCGGCUUCCUCUCCUCCUUCCUCCUGAAGCCCGUCAACAAGUGCAUCGGGAGGAAUAUGACCUACUUUGCGGGCCUCCUGGUGAUCCUGGCCUUCGCAGCCUGGGUGGCACUGGCAGAUGAGCUGGGUGUGGCUGUGUAUGUGGUGGCUGUGCUGCUGGGCGUGGGCUGUGCCACCGUCCUCGUCACCUCGCUGGCCAUGACGGCGGACCUCAUCGGCCCCCACACGGUAGGGCUGCUGAGCCGGUCCGGGUUGGGGUUUGGGACCAGGGCCGAGGCCUGGGAUGCUGAUCCCCUGCCCGUGUUCCCCCAGCACAGCGGAGCCUUCGUGUACGGUGCCAUGAGCUUCUCAGACAAGGUGGCCAAUGGGCUGGCGGUCAUGGCCAUCCAGAGCCUGCACCCCUGCUCCUCAGAGCUCUGCUGCAAAGCCUGCGUGGCCUUCUACCGCUGGGUGAUGGUGGCUGUGACGGGUGGCGUGGCCGUGGCCGCCACCCUGGCUCUGUGCUGUCUCCUGGUCUGGCCCAUCCGCCUUCGGAAUUGUGAGUUGCAGGCCCCGCCACCCCACAGAAGCCCCAAACCAGCCACGGGUGUAGGUCUGGGCCAGGAGAGGCCCCGCACUCCCUAACCCCACUUCCACCCCCUUCUCUUGCAGGGGACCCUGGAGCCCAACCCUGACACUGCCCCAUGGUCCCUUACCCUUUGUAAAUUAACUGCGACUGUGAACACUCGCUGCUCAACGAGGCCUGGGGCGGCCCCUUUGCUGCUCGGAUCCCACCCUGCGUCUGUCCCGUCCCUGCCUGGCUGUGGG